CCCUGUACACUUGCUUCAGCUGGGCGGCUAGUUCAAGUUGCCAUAGCUGCGAGUCUGGGGAGAGCAGAGUCGGUUGCGUCGCAGCGUCCGGUCAGUUACGCCUUCUGGGUCUCUGGUGGCCGGGGGAGCCGGGUAAGGCCUCGGCGAUGAUCUGGCAUUAAGGAACCGGGGUCCUCUUCUGUCUCAGGUGGUUUGGGGAAAGUGUAGGGGCAACCAAAGAUCAUCCACUUGACUAGGCCUUUUGCCCUGAACCUCAUGAAGAAAUGAUAGGAAGCAGGCAUAUGUGCCUAAGAAGAGCACUGAGCUCAGAGGACAGCAACACGGAGUUUUGGGGGUGUGCUUUGAGUUCCAUCAGAUACAGGAAUUGGAAUAUAAUUAUUGCUCAAAGUAAUUGAAAUUAAAAGCUGAAGACUGUGUGUGAACUAGUGAAAUUCAUGCUGGAAAGUGUGAUUUUGUCUUAUUAAAAGUAUGUAAUCCUUAGUAGGGGAUUUUUGUACAUCAAUGGCAGAAUCCUCCAGUGAUUCAGACCACUUCCGGUCUCGUGAUCGACUGAGCCGAAGGGCUGCCAGUUCAAUUCACAGGGAAGCUCGAAGUCGGCCUACUGUAGAUGUCACUGAGAAGGUCAACACUAUAACGAGUACUUUACAGGACACUAGUCGGAACUUGCGACAAGUCGACCAGAUGCUUGGACGGUAUCGCGACUAUAGUAAUGGACAGGCGAGUGCUAUAGAACACUUAAAAGAAAGCUUGGAACAAUCAAUAGGCCAACUGCGGAGUCAACGUUUGUUGAGAAACUCAGGAGGGAGAAGUGUUUCUGUUACAAGUCUGAGUACAAGUGACCUCGAUGGUGGCACCAUGACAGAGAGCCACCAUUUUCCACCUACCUCACCUCUCAAGGACUACGGGGAUCAACAGGGUAUUAAACGAAAUAGGUCCAGAGCUGGUGUCCGAUUCGUUCAGGAGACUGAUGACGUGGGCCAGUUUCAUGCUUUUCAUCAAUCCCUCCGAGACCUCAGCAGUGAACAAGUUCGCCUUGGAGAUGAUUUCAACCGGGAACUUGCCAGAAGAAGCCGGUCAGAUGCUGAAACAAAAAGGGCUUUGGAAGAAUUGACUGAAAAACUUAAUGAAGCCCAGAAACAAGAAGUGGUUUCAGAUCGGGUGGAGCGACGGCUUCAGGAAAUAGAAAGAGAGAUGCGUACAGAAAGAGAGCUGGUGGAAAGACGUCAGGAUCAGCUGGGACUUAUUUCUUUGCAGCUACAGGAGGCAUUGAAGAAGCAAGAAGCUAAAGCAGGCGGGAAUGAGGGAGAAAUGAAAAAUAAGCUAAGACAAACUGAAACUGAGAAGAAUAAACUUGAACAAGAAUUGGAGCUAUCUCGAAGGUUAUUGAAUCAGUCAGAAGGCAGCAGAGAAACACUUUUGCAUCAGGUAGAAGAACUCCGAACACAACUUAUGAAAGCAGAAAGCGAUCAAAAGGGUUUACAACAAGUAUCUCAGAUUUCCAAGCAACAGUCAAACCAUCAGGAUGAACAAGGAGAUGACUGGAGGUUUAGGAGAGGGGUUGAGCGGGAAAAAGAGGAUCUGGAGAAGCAGAUGUCAGAUUUGAGAGUGCAGCUGAACUUCAGUGCGAUGGCGUCUGAGUUUGAGGAAGUGAAGCGGUGCAUGGAGCGAAAAGACAAGGAGAAAGUCCAUUUGGCAGCACAAGUGGAGAAUUUAACACGUGAAUUGGAGAAGAGGGAAAAACAGCAACUAGAGAUGUUGGAUGAACUGAAGGAGAUCCAGAAUCACUUUGAGGCAUGUGACGCCAAGCAGAAGCGUGCUGACCUCCAGAUCUCGAAGCUAACUCACCAUGUGGAGGAGGCAACCAAGCAGGCUGAGCAGUACCUCCUCGAGUUCCAGCAGUCAGAGGCCUUGAGGCAGGAGGCAGAGAAGAGAAGAGAAGAGCUGAAGCUGAAAGCUCAGGAGUCUAUUAGGCAGUGGAAGCUAAAGCAUAAGAAGUUAGAGCGAGCACUGGAGAAACAGUCUGAAUCUCUUGAUCAACUGACAAACAAAAAUAAUCAGAUUCUGAAAGAAAAGGAUGAAUUGAAAAGCCAGCUUUAUGCAGCGUUACAACAAAUAGAGAGUCUUCGAAAGGAACUGAAUGAUGUGUUAACCAAGCGUGCCCUUCAAGAUGAGGAGCUUCACUGUAAGGAGCAGAAACUAAGUGAUAUUAAGUCUCAUCAAGCUGACCUUGAACUAGAAGUGAAGGAUUCCUUGGAUACUAUCCAUAGGUUGGAAAGUGAACUGAAAAAGCAGAGUAAGAUUCAAAGCCAGAUGAAAGCUGAGAAAGCUCACUUGGAGGAAGAAAUUGCAGAGCUAAAGAAGAGCCAGGCCAAGGACAAAGCUCAACUUCUUGAGAUGCAAGAAGCCAUCAAGGACUUGAGUGCCAUCCGGGCAGAUCUCGCUAAUAAAUUGGCGGAGGAACAGAGAGCCAGGAAAGAGGUACUUAAGAACCUUUCUGACCUCAAGACACAGGCAACAUCCAAAGAUGAAGAAACUGCUACAAUUAUUACACAGUUGAAACUAGAGCGAGAUGUUCACCAGAGGGAGCUGGAAGAUCUCACAUCCUCAUUGCAGAGUGUGAAAACUAAGCAUGAACAAAAUAUCCAGGAGCUGAUGAAGCACUUCAAGAAGGAAAAGAGUGAGGCUGAGAAUCAUAUUAGGACACUAAAGGCAGAAAGCUUAGAAGAUAAGAAUAUGGCUAAAGCCCAGCAUUGCCAGCUAGAGAAGUUGAAAUCACAGUACGACAGGCUGACCGAGGAAUUAACGCAGAAUGAAAAUGAGAACAAAAAACUGAAGCUAAAAUAUCAGUGUUUGAAGGACCAACUAGAAGAAAAGGAAAAACACAUAAGCAAUGAAGAAGAGCACUUAAGGAGGAUGGAAGAGGCCAGACUGCAACUCAAGGAUCAACUUCUUUGUCUAGAGACUGAACAGGAAUCCAUUCUUGGUGUGAUAGGAAAGGAAAUUGAUACAGCUUGUAAAACCUUCUCUAGGGACUCAAUGGAGAAAUUGAAAGUUUUUUCAUCUGGUCCUGAUGUCAAUUAUGACCCACAUCGCUGGUUAGCAGAAAGCAAGACUAAACUUCAGUGGCUCUGUGAGGAGUUGAAAGACAGAGAAAACAGCGAGAAAAGUCUACGGCACCAGCUGAUGCUGUGCAGACAGCAGCUCAGGAAUGUGACCGAAAACAAGGAGUCCGAGCUCCAGUGUCUCUUCGAACAGAUCGAAAGACAGGAGCAGCUUCUGGAGGAAAUACAUCAGGAGAAGAGAGAUCUGCUGGAGGAGACUCACAGAAAAGAUGAAGAAAUGGAAUCUCUGCAGGACCGUGUAAAUGCGUUAGAAACGAGUACCCGAGUGGCCUUGGACCAUCUGGAGUCUGUGCCUGAGAAACUGAACCUACUAGAAGAUUUCAGAGGCUUCAGAGAUUCCUCCAGUUUAUCUGAGAAGAUCGAUGGGAGAUUUUCUAAAUACAGAGUCCACAGAGCAUCUCUUCAGCAGCGCCAGGAUGACGCCAAGUACAGAAUCCAAAGCUUCAAAGAUGACAGAAACUUUGCCGAAAGUUCCCAGACUCCCGGGCUAGAUCCGUCAUCCUCUUGGCAGGAUCACAGUCGCUUCUGGUCUAGUCCACGAUUUUCACACUUGAACUCAUUUACCCAAAGAACAGUUGCUCCAGAUUCACCAUCAGUCAAGGAAGAUGCCGCAAGUUUACUGAUGGAUGGAACAAGUCCACAGUCCAGAAAGGAAGAGUACGAAAGCAAAAGAAGCAAAAUGUAAUUAGUUGCUUUACAUGCAUGUUAUUGAGAUAACAGCGUCACUGUUCCUGCCAGAUUUGGCCCAGAUUGUCGAGCAGACACACUGCAGCUUCUGCUCAUCAGCAUGGCCAAACAUUGACUGAAAUAACAGUGCAGUUGGUUUUGGUGGAUGAUAUAAGUUAAACCAAUCCAAAUAAUAUCAAUUCAUGAAUGACAUGCAGCUAACUUAUUGGCAACUUACACCAGCAGAGAAAGAAUGUUAUUUUUCACUUUGCAUUUUCCUUUUUCAGGUGUGGUCAGUCACAUUUUUCUGACCACACUUUGGAUUUAUAAUUGAGGUCUUUCAAAAAUUACUGGCUAAAAAAGAAGGAAAAUGAGUUCCCCUUGAGGCAGAAGUGGCCAGCACUUUUAAAUUCAGGGAGCGUUUAUAUACAAUUGAUUUUUUUUAUGCUUUCUCCUUCAUAAAUUAUCAUGUGUUAUAACAUGUCAUGGAGAUAUGCAGAUAUAACAUGAGACAGUCCACUUUAUAAAAGCUCAAGAUUGUUACAUCCAUCAUCUCAGCAGUCUAUUACUACAUGCAAUAUCUUAAAAUUAUUUCCAAUCAUCCAUUUUUUAUAGCAGUAAAGAAUUGACAAAUGAUAUCUGAAUUGUAGAGCUGUAAAGAAUUCAUAGCACAAUUUAUUUAUUUGUCUUUUGUGGCCAAAUAUCCCACCGUGAUCUCUCCAGUCAUAUCCUGGACCAUCUUUGGUUUACUCUGAGCAAAAUCACAGCACUGAACUCCUGUGUCUAUGAGAUUUAUCUGCCAAGAGUUCUAAUAUAAUUUGGUACUGUCUGCUCUCGACAACUCACCCUUUCUCAACAUCAGAGUGUUUUUAAGAACUUAUCCUCGUUAUAUGCUGGUCUACCAGUGGAGAAAGAUUUCUAUUAAAUGUUAAAUAAUAGUAAACAUCCAGGAACUAAAUCCCACUGGGUCGUGAUAGAAAGGUUCUGAACAGAGACAAGGACAAUAAAGCAAU